AUGAUUGUGAUGUUUGAAAAUUCCAUAGUUCAUAGCAUUGAACAUAUUGACAAAACUGGUGUACAGAGGAGGUUUCAGCGAAACCUACAGACAGGCGGCGCUACGCAGUCUGAACCAAACAGUGCUGCAGCCCAGGAGAGAUCCGCUCCGUCGGAAGUUGAAGAAGGAAAUGAAAUACCCGAGCCAGAACGGAUGUAUGAUGCAUGGAACCAGAAUUCGGUAGAAGAACACCCUUAUGAAACCAUUCGCGGUAACCGUCUUAACGGUUUUAAGCUGUCCGUGGGAAACUCCUCCCGGAAUUACACAGUGUGUUACCAGGACACCACCACAAACUACACCGGCCCAGUGGACAUUAUUGAUGGAUCUUGUAACACCAGCAGCCCGGUAUUAGGAGACACAGUGAAGAUUAUGAUCAACAAUUCCUGGCCACUCACCCUGUGUGAAGUACAGAUAUUCGUGUGCACACCCGGGACAUACGGGCCGGACUGUGGGAAGAGAUGUGGGAACUGUGGUGAGAGACCGUCUGUCUGUGACACAAUAUCCGGGCUCUGUCCACAGAGAACACCGAGGUGCAUGCCGGGAUACCGCACUGAGAAAUGUGAUGAAGUGUGCACACCCGGGACAUACGGACCAGACUGUGGGGAGAGAUGUGGGAACUGUGGUGAGGGACCGUCUGUCUGUGACAUAACAUCCGGGCAUUGUCCACAGAGAACACCAAGGUGCAUGCCGGGAUACCGCACUGAGAAAUGUGAUGAAGAAUGCAGUAACAACACGUGGGGAGUUAACUGCUCAAAGUCUUGUGGACAAUGUUACAACAAUAGCCAAUGUAACACAACAACUGGGGAUUGCCUUAUAGAUGCGCGGAAUCCCCGAUGUGACCCAGGGUAUUCCGGAAGGGACUGUGUGGCACAAGCAAAAGCGUCUGCAGAAGGUGGUGUUAACCCUGCCUACAUAGGAGGUGGUGUGGCUGGAGCUGUCGCUUUAAUCAUCAUAGUGGCAGUUGCUGUCAUUAUCAUAUUUAGGAGACGGCGUAAAGCGCACUGUAAAUAUGAUGGCCGGGAAGAAAUAGAAGUGGACAGGCAGCCACAGAAUAACAUAGCGUUUCAGGAAGACAGCGACGAUCAGGAAGACAACUCACAGGGUGACGUUAAUCCAUACGUUAACGCCGACGUCGUCCCGACCGAAGUGUCUGUGAGCGAAUUCCCAGACUACGGUGCGAGGAAGAAAGCAGCGAAUGGCUUCAAGAAAGAAUUCGAAAAAUUCCCCGUUGGUUUGCACGCGAAGCAUGACGCGGCUGACAAACCUGAGAAUAAAGCGAAAAGCCGCUAUCGAAGCCUCGUGGCGUACGACCAUUCCAGGGUGUUGUUAUCUGUGACAGACGGCCAGGCUACUGACUACAUCAAUGCCUGCUACAUAAAUGGUUACAACGAACCGAAGAAAUACAUCGCAUCUCAAGGUCCUAAUGACGUCAUCCUACACGAUUUUCUGCGCAUGAUCUGGGAACAGAAGUCUGGAAAGAUUAUCAUGGUGACCAACUUAAUGGAGACAACAAAGACCAAGUGCUGCCAAUACUGGCCUGACGAAGGAUCAGAGAGUUUUGGCCUGAUUACUGUGACACUACUGAAUGAGGAGUUUUACGGGGAGUUUAUCGUGAGAACUCUGCUCCUGACUCACAACCAGACAAAGACGGAAAGCCACACGGUCAAGCAGUUCCACUUUACGGCCUGGCCUGAUCACGGAGCCCCUGCUCAACCUACUGGGUUACUGGAUUUUCGGGACAAAGUUAACGCUUAUCAGACGCAGCUUAACGGACCAAUCGUCGUGCACUGCAGCGCUGGUGUGGGUCGCACGGGAACAUACAUAGCUCUGGAUUAUCUGAUCUCCCAGGCUCAAGACGAGGGGGUGGUGGAUGUGCCGGCCUGUGUGAGACAGCUCCGGGAACAGCGAGUUAACAUGGUCCAGGCAUUGGAGCAAUACAUAUUCCUUCACGAAGCCCUCGCCGAGGCUUUUGUUCUUGGGAGUAGCUAUAUUGGCGAGGCGGAAUUCCACCGUGUCUUUGCCGAGCUGUGUGCUCCUGACCCAGAGACCGGCAUGACCAAGAUGGCAGAACAGUUCCAGUGUCUACAGCGGCUGACAUCUCCUCUGACCGAAGGCGUGCUUACCACAGCCCGUCAUCCGGACAAUGUCAUCAAAAACAGAUCAAGCCGAAUCUUGGCAGCGGACAUAUGCAGACCGUACCUGUCCACGCCGGUACCUGAGGGCAACAACUACAUCAAUGCCGUGUUCUUACCAACGUUCAGAUCGAAGAAGGGUUUCAUUGUCACCCAGACUCCUCUACCCAACACAGUCCUGGAUUUCUGGCGCCUGGUGUAUGACCACGGCAUAAGUGUUAUCGUCAUGAUAGACGUUGUCAAGCCACGUGAUACGGAUGUUGGAGUAUACUGGCCAAAAGAAGAGACUCAGUUCGACCCCUUUGUUGUGAAAAUUCAGGGCAAAGUGGAGCGCGAGGGCUUCUCCGUAUGGACCUACCAUUUGGCUCACAAGGAGACGCAGAAUGCAGCGCAUCAUAUCAAGCAGUUCCGAUGUAAGUUCUGGCCAGGUGUAAAUGUACCAGACCCCUCCUCGAUACCAUCUCUACUGGCUAUCAUAAACGAAGCGACCAAAUGGCAACAGAAAACGGGCAACGAACCUGUUCUGGUGCAUUGUAGAGACGGUGUGACAAAAUGCGGUGUGUUCUGUGUGGCUGCGUCGGUGAUUGAGAGACUGAAGGUGGACCAGCAAGUGAACAUCGUCCACACGGUGAAACAGAUGAGGGCCAAUAGACCGGAGGUUUUCACUGACCUGGAGCAGUUCCAUUUCGUACACCAAGUGGCCAAGGUGUAUCUGGAGACGGCGCACACAUAUGAGAACCUGGAGUGA